CUCUAGCGGUGCUGCCUACUCUCGUCCCCGCGCUCGCCCCGCGCUGCAAGACACACCAGUGUGGGCAGUCGUUGAGAGAAGUGGCUUUCCUUCGCAGCCUGCACUGCCUGCCGCUACAGCCUUUGCAAAAGCCUGCCAGUGUAGUAUAGUCACUACAUCUGCUUCUCAGAUAUACUUCACGCUUUGUGCCAGUGUCUGCGCCUUGUCUGCUUGGAAAUCUGCGGCCAUCGCUGUGGGUUUAGUGUGCCUUCUCUUCGAUUGGAGCUGACCUCGAAAACUUGGGAACCAGCAGAGUUGUGCCUGUGACAUGCCGUGUCGGUCCUGCUAACACGGGUGCAGUAGUUAUCGCGUUCGUAGAGAGGAUCGUGCUUAUUUUCUUUUUGUGGGGGGGUUGGUUUUCAGUUUACGUUGGAUCUCCUUGCCUGUGGUUUGAUCACGACCAAGGCUUAAAUGAAGCAAUCUGCAUGAAGUAGCAGGCUUCGGACAGGGAAACUACCGCACCGCAUGGCACUACCAACUCGCACGUCCUAGCACUUCACCCGCGUCACGCUGACCUUCACAAGUCUUGCACGCCAUCGGUGUCUCCCGUAGUCGACACACGAAGCCUUGACGACAAGCAGCCACCGCUAGUGACUGCCCGUGACCUGUGUUAGAAGACAGUGUGCUCAAAGUCUUCUGUACCGGAAGACGUCGUUAGGCGGGUGUCUCCCGCAGUAGCAGUUGAGGGCUUUUGUGGGUGUGUGGGUGUUCCAGUGCCGCGGUCACCACGGGCCCCGUAGCGCCUUCCGCCGUGGCGACUCCGCCGAGCCCCCCGAGUCCGUCGACCGCGUCGCUGGUGACGGUGACGCCCAUGUCGACGACGUCGUCCCUGAUGGCGGCUGCGGCCGCCGCUGCUAACGUAAAGGACUCGCGUUGGCUCCAGCUGGAGGUGUGCCGCGAGUUCCUGCGGAACAAGUGCUCGCGACAGGACACAGAGUGCAAAUUCGCUCAUCCGCCGCCCAAUGUGGAGGUACAGAAUGGACGUGUCAUUGCCUGCUACGACUCCAUUAAGGGUCGCUGCAACCGUGAAAAGCCGCCCUGCAAAUAUUUCCACCCACCCCAGCACCUGAAAGACCAGCUACUGAUCAACGGUCGCAAUCACUUGGCACUGAAGAAUGCCCUGCUCCAGCAGAUGCCUCUGCAGGCGGUGCUGCCCGGACAGAUCCCCACCGCCGCCGUGGUAAGUCCCUACUGGUACCUGGGCAGACAGCCCUACGCCACGGGACUACUCGGUACCACAGGUACAGCCACGGCCGUUACGGCCGCCAAGUACCCCAGACAACACAGUGAUGUCCAUGGGACCUCCUAUGGAUAUCUCUCCGAGAGAUGUGGGAUUUCCCGAGGAUAUCCAAACAUGGUGUCCACUCAAAUGAUGUCCUACGACCCUUCCUCAGGACGUCCUGCGGGACAAGACAGGGAUGCGAUCGGGACCUACUGGGAUAUUAUCUGCAGCGCCCUUAACGCAACGACGAACCCAUACAUGCCGGCGCUGACGACGAUGGCGACCGCGCCUUCGUUCAGCCCUUACCUGGCACCCAGUCCCGUCCUGCACGGUAUGGCCAUGACGGCUGACGGCUGUGCGGCUCCACUCAGCGUAGUCCCUGCCUCGCUGGUAUCUCCUCAGAAAGUGGCCCGCACUGACAGAAUCGAGGUGUGCAGAGAGUUCCAGCGGGGCACUUGCAAGCGACCGGAGACGGAGUGCCGCUUUGGGCACCCGCCAGACCACGUGGCAGUGGACCAAGGGGACGGGGCUGUCACCGUCUGUAUGGACUUCGUGAAAGGCCGAUGCUCACGGGACCAGUGCCGCUACUUCCACCCUCCCCCGCACCUGCAGGCUCAGCUGAAGGCCACGCAGAACCGCGCUGGUGCGGCUGCCGCCGCGGCUAUGGCUACAGAGGGAGGAAGUGCUGAUGUUGGAUUACAAAUGUACACUCAGCAGCCGGCCGAAGAGAGUGCACAGAGGGGAUCCACUGUAUGGCCUUGCUGCUUCCUUUGUGAACCAGCAUUCCCUGGUAUUGUACCUUACACAAAACGCCCCGCCCUCGAUAAGAGCGGUGUACCCGUGUAUCAGCCCAGCACCACAGCCUACCAGCAAGCUCUGGCUUUACAGAUGCAACAGCCCUUCGUGCCUGUUUCUUUUACUGGACACCCUGCCGGUGUGCCGCGAUUUUAAGUCAGGCCAAUGUAACAGGCCACAGUGUCGAUAUGUGCAUCUUAUCGAAGAGUGCGUGGAAGUAGUGGAGGGCAAGGUGACCGUCUGCCGUGAUGCUGCCAAGGGCAAAUGUGCUCGUCCACUGUGCAAGUACUACCAUGUCCCAGUGCUCCCUCUUACCCCC